GAAACUGAAUUCCAGCUUUUGUCUAGUGUUGAGAGCAAUGACUUCCUUGACUCCCUUGACUUCAAUGGAUUUUACGACUGCUGUGUCGAAGCGCUGGACACAGACCUCACAUCUUCAGCCACUCUGGGUUCGUCAUUUAAGCAACGCUCAGUCAUCAUUGAACCUCAUACCGCUCUCAACACUACGCAAGAAGCUUCAAACUUGUUUCAAGAUGAUCUACAUUCUUUAGCUGGUCAAAGCUUGUUGUUUUGGGAACAGCCAGAACCAUGUCCUCCCUUGUGCGACCCCUCUCCCAGCAGCAAUGCUCCUAUGUUCAACUCGCCAGGAUCCGGUGGGUACGAGAAGAGAUCCUCGCAAUCUACCACGUCAAGCCCUGCAUCCAAUACGGCUCAGCUCAGGUGCGACUUCUGUGCCGAGCCUUUCUACGACGUGGAUUCUCACUGUGCCCACCUCAUAUUCUAUCAUGGCGCUUCAAGUCCCUUCCAUUGUGGCAGAACAAGCUGCAGCAAGACCUUCAAGGAUGAGAGGUCUUUGAAGCGACAUCUGACUGAGUUACAUCUGGGCGCCGCGUAUGUCUGUCGCUGUGACAGACAGUGCGGAAGAAAAGAUAAGCAUUGCAAACACCUUGAGAUCAAUAGCUGCACUGGCCACGGCCUUUAUCGAUGCCCCUGUGGUCAUGCAGUUCAUCAACUCAACACGCACAAGCACUACAUCGAGAAAUGUGGUAGAAAGAGGAGGGGAAGGCAAUGUCGCCAGCACGACUCGACUGGGUCGCGUGCUCAUCCUAUUCGGGAGGGCCGCUUGAGCGCUUGCAGUUUGUGUUUCACGUCUCUAAGUUUUGAGUUGUCCAUGCAAGUUGUCCAGAUGUUCGCGAAUACUUGUGAACUUUGUUCGAUGAUCGUGGUUCGCGUACCAUUCAUUUCUUUCUUUCCUGUUCGGGUUAAUCAAUUGUAAUAGUGCCAUCUACGCAUGGCAUGAAGUCUUGAGGCAAUAAGACAGAGGAAAAUAGUGAUGUUUACUUAUAUAAAAUACAAAAAAAAAGACUUUCCGGGGCUGGCUUAUCUAACCAAGUUCCCAUCAUCAAAAAAUAUCCAUGCAUAGACUAUCGUUUUCCACUGUACUUAACCCCUGGAUAGCCGUACUAUAACUUGUGAUUACGUCUUCAAAUAGUGUAG